UAUGGCAGUAAAGAUCAAUUUCAAUGGUCAAGGAAUCGGACCGUGUGUGCGUAAUAAUUAAUCACCUGUCACUUUUAGAACAUCUUGAUUCUAUUUCGAAUGAAAGAUUUUGACAGUUUUUUGCCAACAGAGUCACACUUUCCAAAUGGUCCCUUUUCUGUCUUUGGUGUGAGAGGGGAUCCCGUGUGGCGACGAUGACACAUAUAUUGCCUAUGAACAGAGGUGGAUGCAGCUCGGGCAACUCUAUUGGAAAAAUCUUCGGAAACCCUAUAUUUCAUAGGGGUGUGACGUCUGGCUUUCCGCCCGUAUCAGUGUUGAAGGCUCCGGUCAAGGCAUUCCGAGGCGAUUUGUCCCUAGAGAGAAUGCUGUCUGCCUCCUCACAUGGCCGUCAAAGGACACAGGCAGGCCACACCAACCGCUGGCAGCUGCGCCACCCCCUUGGCAGUGAUCUGCUGGGGCAAGCACAAGCUGAGAGAACUAUGAGAGUGGCCCUCAACACAUCACUCAGGACCAUAAGGACAGCUGACUCUCCACAGCCCUGCACUCAUGAUGAGCCCCCCCUGCCACGGCUUACCCUCCUAGCGAGCACCAGCCUGCCCAGAAGCCCCAGACGCUGUGUGCCAGGUCAUCCCAGCAAGGCUACACCAGAGGACCUGUUCUACCUCCUGUCCCGCAGUGUUGUCCAUUACAACCAACCAGACGUGGUGCUGGAGUGCCUGGGAAGCCAGUGGGAGCUGCACUGCCCUAAUCUCACCAAGUCAGGCACCCUAAGCAACCUCUACAUGUCAACCAAACAGCAGAGGGCAAGGAGCCUUCAGGACAGAGCAGGAAGUGGUAAGAAUGGGAAAGACAAGGCAUACAGCCGACCUGGCAGCAGCAACUCCAGCAGAGACAAACAGAAUGGGAAGAAACCCGCAGGCCCCCUCGUCCUCCAACUCUCUGUGAAAGAAGCCACCGUCACCAAAGAGGCCCUCUCCUUUGCCCUCAGGACCCUCUAUAACCCAGAGGCAUGUCCUGAACACUGGGGAGAGGGGGUGCUCUCUACCGCCGCCCUGCUGGGCCUGCCACACCUUUUCCAGAGGUGCCUAACAGAGAUGAUAAAUAAGAUCAGCUCCUCCACUGUGUGUAUCUUUCAUGGCGUGUCCUGCAAGUUUAAGGAGACCAGUCUUCAGAGAGCGUGUGAGCGCUGGUUGGAGCUUUACCUGGUGACUGAGUUGACAUGUUUCAUCUACCUGAGAGACUUACCCUUUGAACUCCUCCACAAGACCCUAAGUUCACCCAGGGUCUUUGCUGCCUGUGAGUACCAGCUCCUGAAGACAGUGCUAUACUGGGUAUUCCUACAGUUCAACCCUGCAGCUCAGAUCCUUCCCUCUCAUCGGUUCAUUAUGACCUUCUUCUCCAGUUGGCCAAGGGCUGGCGUCUUCUUGGAACAGCCUGUGGGACAGAGGUUCACCGUUCUCUUCCGGGCGCUUCGCUUACAUGGCAUCACUCAGCGAGCCCAUCUAGAGGAGAUGCAGCAGAUCCAUGUCUUUCCUCAGUCCUGGCUGCUCCUCAUCUUCUCCAAGCACUACUACACUCUCCACAGUGGAGGAGACAUGCAAGUAACAGAUUUCUCCCAACAAGCAGUGCGCUUCGGCAUGGUCAUUGAGAGGGAGCCUCAAUACUGCACGCGAACCAUUGGACUGUAUGGCUUCUACUUCCUGCUUAAAGCAGCCAGCAUGGGAGAGCUGGACUCACAUGGCUUCUCUCUGCAGAGACUGAGACACUGGGACCCUGCCAUGUCUGUGCGGGCGUGUGAGAGGCAUCCUUUCAGUAUGAUGACAGAGCGGGCCUUGUCCUAUCAGAUCAAUGUGCAGGCCCAUGUGCACGGCCAGUGGCAGGAGUUCAACAGUGGUCCCAUCAACCAGGAGUUUGGCCUGACCAAGCGCACCUGCAAGAGCCAGGUGUUUAAAGUGAGGGGCCUCAGCUUGCCCAUCUUUGUGACCUUUGCCCUGGCCUUCGCUGCAGUCUGAUCCCCUGCCAGACAGUCACCAUGGUGCUCGUUAUCACACGUAAACAUCAUACUUCUUGUCUGAUUAAAAGUAUCCAGGAGGACUUGUCUAAGUGAGGUAGCUUUGAUAGCAAAGAAGAAAGCCACUUCAGAGAUGAUCUGUUAGGCACGCAGCCUGUUUUAACCCAAACCAUGCUAAAUGCUCUGCCCGUUGACCAAAUCCGGUAAAAUAGUAGUCUUGGACACUUGCUUCUUCCACUGAGACAGGUAUUGGUCUGUCGAGGUACAAGGGACACAAUUAUAGUAAUAUGAUUCAUGCACUUUCACAUCACUUGGCAGUAUGAGGUUGUGUCCCAAAUAGAACCCUAUUCCCUAUACAGUUUGAACUGGGUCCUAUGGGUCCUGGUCAAAAGUAGUGCACUAUAAAGGGAAAAGGGUGCCACUUGGGAUGCAAUCUGUGCCAGCUGUAAUGUAUCCUAACCACAAGGGGUGUUGCAAACCCUGCACUGGAAGAGAGCUCUUUGAAGGAAGUUGUUGGCCAGUAGGUUGUCUGGAGGCUUUAUAACUGUUGCUCCUUGUGGUUCAGGUCUCUACUCAACCAGGAAGCAGAGUGAUGAGUCUCUCUGUGUCUGAAAAAUGCUGACUGUCAGUGGGCAACAUUCUGACCAGUGGAGGUACUGUAGGGUCAUGUACAGCUGAGAAAACACACAGGUAGAGUUGCCCAGAAAAGCAGAGGUUUAUUGGCGAACUCUAGUGAAUGAUAAACAUGGUUUGUAUUUACAGUACCAGUCAAAGGUUUGGACACACCUACUCAUUCUUCAAAGUAGCCACCCUUUGCCUUGAAGCUGGUUGAGAGAAUGCCAAGAGUGUGCAAAGCUGUCAUAAAGCCAGAGGUUGGCUACUUUGAAGAAUCUCAAAUAUAAAAUAUAUUUUGAUUUGUUUAACACUUUUUUGGUUACUACAUGAUUCCAUCUGUUAUUUCAUAGUUUUUAUGUCUUUGCUAGUGUUCGUUUAAAAAUAUAUAUUUUUUUAUUAUUUAACCUGAGUAGGUGUGAGUCGGUGUGUCCAAACUUUUGACUGGUUCUGUAUAUACACCUGGCAGGAGCACAUGCUGUGAUUGGCUGUUUGUAAGAUGUAACGUUUUACACUGUCAGCAGGUCCUUAGCAGGGCCUGCCAAGACUCCGAUCUCUCAUUUCUGUAUUAGUAUGAGUGAUGCCAGUUCAACUAAAAUGCGACACCUACAUCUCAAUUCCAAAUGCUUGUUUGAUUCAUUUACAAAACGUAAGCAGGAAUGGCAAAUUGCACCAUUCAUAAAACACUUAUUGUUAAGCUGUCCACUGACCUAAACUUUCUAUUGCUCAAAAUAGAGUACAGAAACUCAGGCCCUUCAGCUCGCCAACUCAGGAAAUACAGUAUGUUCCAUGCAUGGAUAUUGCUUUCAAGAGCGCUCCAAUUGGAUGGGGAAAAGGGAAAAGCAUGGUUUCUCUGUAGUUUAUGUUUUUUCACAUGGGCAGACUGCCCUGAAGGAAGCAAGAGUUCAAUCCAGUAGCUCCUAUCGUGGACCAUCCCAUCCCUGGUCCAGCACUGAGUAGUUGUUUCAGACCGGACCAUUGCAGAUUCAGAAGUGGUUACUCUGCUGCUCCAUGCUGCCUAAGGCUGUGCAAAAUUUCCCCCACCCACUUUGUGGCUCUGGUAACCAACAACUCCACAUGAACAAAUACAAUAGUUUACUAUGGUAUAAAUACUGUGGUAUUACUAUAUUUAUAUACUGUAGUGUUCCCUGUAGUGUUUUUGCAGACAUGACUGUAGUAUGCUGUAGUAUUUACUAUAGUGCUUUUGUUUUAUUAUUUUUUAUAUGGAAAUGGUGUCUUUGUCCUUGAGGAAACCGACCUGACAAAUACAAAAACAGCAAAUUGUCCAUAACCAGUAGGUAGGUCUG